AUGGAUUACGACCGAGCAAAAGAGCUGAAGGCUUUCGACGAAACAAAAGCCGGUGUCAAAGGACUAGUAGAUGCCGGAAUGAUGAAUAUCCCUAAGAUAUUCAUUCGACCACCUGAUGAGCUUGCUCACGAGUCGAAUUGCGUUAAGAGCCAUCUUCAAGUUCCGGUCAUAGAUCUAAGUGGCAUAGAAAAACACGAUCGACGCAGAGAAAUUGUGGAUGAAAUUCGGAUUGCAUCAGAGGAGUGGGGUUUUUUUCAAGUGGUGAAUCAUGGGAUACCUGUAAGUGUGCUUGAUGAAAUGAUGAAUGGUGUUCGAGCGUUUCAUGAACAACCUUUUGAGGUGAAGGAAGAAUUUUAUUCACGCGAUACAACGAAAAGAGUGAGGUGGGAUAGCAAUUAUGAUCUGUAUCUUUCUAGAGCUGCUAAUUGGAGGGACACCUUCAGCAUUUCUUUGAUGCUUUCCGAAUAUAUUGAUCCCGAUGAAGUGCCUGUCCCUUGCAGAGAUUCGAUAUUUGAGUACAUCAAGGAUGCUUCAAAGUUGGGAGAUACCCUCUUCGAGUUAUUAUCGGAGGCUCUUGGACUGAAACCAGACCAUCUAACAAAAGACAUGGAAUGUAGUAAAGGGCGUAGUAUUGUUUGUCACUACUAUCCAGCAUGCCCAGAGCCAGACCUAACUCUGGGAGCUACCAAGCACUCUGAUCCUUCAAUCCUCAGCAUUGUUCUGCAAGACCAAAUUGGAGGCCCCCAAGUCUUGCAUGACAACCAAUGGGCUGAUGUUCAACCCAUUGCAGGAGGUUUAGUAAUCAACAUCGGGGAUCUUCUCGAGGUUAUAACGAACGCCAAAUUUAAAAGUGUGGAGCACAGAGUGCUGGCCAAUCGCAUCGGACCAAGAAUUUCGGUGGCAGUUUUUUUCACAGGUGUGACUGUUCCUGCAAAGGUGUAUGGCCCAAUCAAUGAGCUGAUAUCAGAAGAAAAUCCCCAAGUAUAUGGAGAAUGUACGGUAACUGAAUUUCUUACCAACUUCUAUAACAAGCCACAAUCCAAGCCACUUUAUGACAAGUCUGGCCUUGCUCGUAUUAAGCCAAUACCACAGGAAUGA